CCGAGGAGCCUGGUCUCCGCACAGCACAAGCGGCGGGGACCUGCGAGGUGCAUCGGGCAAGCGGAACUUUAGGAACCGGUAUAACGCCGAAGGAACGAAAAGGCGCCGCCAGCUCGACCUCGGCAAAUUCACGUAGGAAAAGAGAGGAUCGAUAUGACUCUAGGGAACGAAAUGUAACAUUGUAGCCCUUGGACGUGAGUCUGCGUAGCCGAGAAGAGGUAUUAUUGUCUUACUGACACGAAGCAGGCUGGUCUGGAGCUGCUUGGGUUGUAUCCGGAAUGAUUUGUCCCAGCCACAGCAGGCUUUCCUGGCAAUAAGAUAAAGAAAAGUGAAAACGAGCCUCCCAGGAAUCGAUAGCGUUACUGGCGAGGGCACCGGCGUAGAGAGUGCAUGACGGAGAGCGAGGGCGGCUCUUUCUCCAGAGCCUCGGACUGGGUGUACCAUUACAGAUAGCCCCGGCUUGGCGAUCUGUAAACUUGCGGUUAGGCGCCAGACGAUGGAGCGCCAACACAGUUCCGAAGGAGGCGUCCAGAUGGGCAGGAUCAAGGCUGCUAUAGCCGAGGAGGACGGGUCAGCCCACUACGCUUGCAGCGUCUGCGGCCGCAGCUUCCCCUUCCAGAGCUCGCUGUCGCAGCACAUGCGGAAGCACACGGAGGCCAGGCCAUACAAGUGUCCCUACUGUGACCACCGGGAAGCCCAGAAGGGCCGGUUGAAGGUCCACAUCCGCAGCCACCGCAUGGGUGUACCCGGACGUGGCCACGAACAGACAGAUGCAGAAGGAGACGAGGAGGAGGCGGAGGUGGGGGAACGACAGAACAGCGAAGUAGGCGUGUCUGAGGGCCUGGACAGCUGUGCCAGCCCCACCAAGAGCACGUCGGCUUGCAACCAGAUGGUCAACGGCAGCCCAGAGGGCACCAGGGGCAAGGUACAGAGCAGGAGCGCCUGGACGCUGUCUCUUCAGUGCACCAUCUGCAGCAGGAAGUUGGGUAGCCAGGCAGAGCUGGAUAAGCACUCACAGCUGUGCCGGCUCUGUAGCCACGUUGCUCAACGAGAGAAUCAGCUCCUCGACCACCUCAAGAGGCCUCGCAUCCCAGAAGACGCAGCCCCCGGGGUUGGGUCUGAAGGGGAGUCUGGCGAAUUUUCUUGCGGCUUGUGUGGCCAGAGCUUUGCCCAGGCCUGGCUCCUGAAGGCCCACACGAAGAAGCACCUGGGCCCCUUCGAGCACGCCUGCCAUGUCUGUGGCCGGCGUUUCCGUGAGGCCUGGUUCCUAAAGAACCACAUGAAGACCCACAGUAUCAAGGCUAACUGUCGAGGCAAGUCAAGGAGUGAGCUGGAGCCACCGGCCACCAUCAACAACGUGGUGCAGGAUGAAGCAGUUAUGGUCAGGACUGCCUCUCUCUACGAGCUCUGCUUCAAGUGUGGGAACCUCUUCCAUGACAGAGAGAACCUUCAGAUCCAUAACAGAAUCCACAGCCGGGCGUCGCACCUUGAGCGGCAGGACAAGCACGAAGGAACCAGCAACCACCCAGACUCGUCUACUGCAAAGAAGCUUUUUUUGGAGUGCCUGAAUCUCCAACCCACUGAGGAUGGAGGAAACAAAACAUUGAAGAACAAUUUGGGCACGCGUAUCCUGGAGCUGGACCCAGUCUGCAGUUACCAGACCUGGCAGCUAGCCACCAAGGGUAGGGUGACGGAUUCUUGGGACAACGGCAAGGACAUUGGCUGGGAAGAGGUGCCAGUGGAUGGAGAUUUGGGCAAUGAUCAGGGGACAGGAGAGUCCAUCCCGGUAGGGCAAGAGAAGCGGAAGAGGGAGGCGGACUCCCACUAUGGUUCUGGCGGUGGCAAAAGGAGGAACAGCGGGAGCCACGCCCACCACCACAGUGGGAACGGACAUGCCCUGGGUGACUUCACCCCUGAGAGCUUGAGUGACUCAGAGUACCGGCCCCCAUCUCGAGCGGGCCGGCGCUCCUCACAGAGCAAAGCCACCGAGUGCUUCGAGUGUGGGAAGGUGUUCCGCACGCGCACCCAGAUGGCGAUGCAUACGCGCACACACCGCAGGGGGGGGGGGCGGGCCCCCAGGGGGGACCGCGGCGGAUCCGUCAGUGAGGCCGAGUCGGGCUCGGCCAGCCGCCCCAGCACCCCUCGCUCUGGGUCCUCGCUGCCUGCCUCCAGAGCGGGCGACACCACGCCAGACAGGGUGGAAGAGAAAUCCCCGACCGCCGGCCCAGAUGAAAAGCAGCACGUCUGUGGCGCGUGUGAAUUCAGAAGCAGCGACUCCAGCACCUUGGCCGCACACCUGCUUUCCCAGCAUGCCACAGGUGGCAGUCUGGGCAAAUCAGGCACUUCGGUGGGCGAGGAUCUCUGUAAGGACCCGGGCCUGAAGGGAGGGCCAGCACCAGCCUGCUCGGGCAAUUCUGCCCCCUACUCUUCUCCUGAGAGGGUUGCGGUGGAGUGUCCUCAUCUGGAACCAGGUGUCCAUAAUGGAAAGGUCAAGGAGAAGCCCAGACUUUCAGAGGAACCCCCCAUUGCUGCACUUGAUCUGUCGAUAUGUGUGGGUGCCCCACCUGUGGGCACUCUGGCGCCCCCUAAAGACACCCCACCUGGUCACGAGUGCUCUUACUGCUCUUAUAUCACCCACUAUCCUGAAGUGCUCUGGAUCCACCAGACUGUCGCCCACAAGGUGAAGAGCAGUGCCCUGAUCCCCUGCUGGGCCCCACGCUCCAGGCCCAAGGGGGCUUCGGGUAUUCUGGCGUCUUGGAGGCGGACCGGACCCCCCCCUGCCUCUGGCGGGAAGGAGUGUCCUGGUAUCCCCACCACCCGCUCUGCACGUACACAGCCCCCUAACUGGGACAGAUCAGGCGGCGGACCCAGGGGAAGCACGACCACAGGAUCUGGGUCUCAGGGGGCCGCAUCUAGCAGGAUCAGCCGGUCUGGGGUGGAAGAGGCCCGGCAGCAACGACCCAAGCCCGAGACACAGACCCGGCCCGUGGAGAGGAGCCCCGACACCCCACAGCCACCACUGACGAGCCCCAAAAUGGGGGCCCGGCCAGCAGAGAGACACCCGCUUCCCCAGGAGGGCCUGGGCUUCAUGCUUUCCAGCAAACACAACGUGUCCCACCACGCCCCCUCCCCAGGUCUGCCUCCGCCCCCGGCAAUACAGUCCCAGGCCAAGUUGGGUCAGCAGGACCCGACGAGUCCAGGUGGACGGAACCCAGGCGGCUCGCAGACACGGGGAAUCUCCGUCAUGGGCUCCCCCCUGUCGCAUCCCGCAACCAAGUACGAGUCAGCCCCCAACUCCCCGGUAGACAUUCUCAACUUCCUGAAGAACUGCCAAGCCCAUGACCUGGCCACGCUCUACCAGCGGUGGGGCUCCUCCAGUCCACUUCUGACUCACACAGGAAUGCUGAGGUCACUGGCCCACCAAGGAGACUACAUCUGCCGCGAUUGUGGAAGGAGCUUCAGCCAGCCCAGCCACCUACGCACACACAUGAGGUCGCACACAGGGGAGAGCCCAUUCCGGUGCUGGCACUGCCCGUACGUCGCCUCUCAGAAAAGGAACCUGAAGACGCGCGUCCAGAGCGUUCACCGCGCAUCCUUCCGUGCCGAUGCGCUCCAGCUCGCCGCACUCCGUGUGCCACUCAAGGAUCCGCGUGACUCGGCGCCCGCCGGCUCGGCACUGGACUGCAAAGCGGCCGCCUUGGAUGAGGAACAUGCACCAAAAAUACCCCUGGCCGGGGAACCGGCGACGGUGUGAAAGCCCACCAGUGCGAGGCCUGCUUCGUGCCAUCAUGAAUCCGGUUCAGCGUAAAUAAAAAUGCGGCUCAGCACCUGUUCAAAUUGGACCUACCCCGGUCUCAUUCUGCUCAGUGGAUUUUGUAACUAGUUAUUUUCUGUUUCACUAACAGUUCUAAGCACUGCAAAAAAUGUGAUAUAUAUAUAUAUAUAUAUAUAUAUAACAAAACCCAAUCACCUCUGAACAAAGAAAAAAAUACAGUACUACAUUUCUGUGGCUAAUCUGCGGUUCGGACUUGAAACUGACGUUUGUAUUAUUUAUUUUUUUUAUUUUAAGAUUUGCUUACGUAGAUUUCUUAAAUUGUAGUUUAAGUCAAAUAACUGAUUUAGGUAAUAUUUAAAAAUAAUCUACUUUUAUUUGCAGGAAAGUAAAUGCAUUUUACUGGGGAUUAAUUUAGAGUGCAAUUCAGUGACGAUGAUUUUAAUAAGUAAGCGAUAUAAAGCGUUUUAAAAAAGAUUAUUAAUAUUUAACCAUUGCCCAGAUUAACGGGCACCAGAGCUCAGGUUUAUGAAAUACUCGGUAGGCUACAUAAGGUCAGUAACAUUUCCUCUUUUCCUCAGGAUCGCUUAGCUUCAGGACGGCAUACACAUGCUGGUCGAAGGUUCCAGACUGAGAGGUUUGGGGAAUCUCAGGAGUCGUAUUUAAAGAAAGUUAAGCAACCCUUCGAAGUAUUUGCUUAUAUACUUAGGUUUACAGUAGGAAUGUACCGCUACCGAAGUUCUAUUACGUCGUUUGAUAUAAUGGCGUACAUGGAAUUACCUUAUAAUUACCUUAUAAGUCUACGGCGGUAUCAGCGUCUUAUCCGCAUUUAAAUACAAAGAUUAUUUGGCGUGAAUCUACCGCCGGUGUGCACGCUCACCUUUGUGUCUCCCCCGGGAGCGCGCCGCUCCAAUCUAUAGGCGACUGGAAAGAUGAGGGAGGAGCGCGCUACCGGCGGGGCCGCGCAGAGAGCGGGCAGGUUGAGGAAUCCUCUUUUAAUAAAGCGUCCCGCUAAUCCUAAAUCUAUGCCGUUUAAUUUUAUAAAUACACGUCUGGUCAACUGUAGGCUUGAAAUGCUUACUGAUAACUGGUUUUUACUCUGAAUCACCAUAAGUAAUUGUAUCUGUUACCUUGAAUGGAGUCAGACAUUGGACAAUUAAUAUGGUGUUUUGGGUCUAAACCGAGUGAACUCAGACUGAAACGGCGCGCACUGUGGCCUGCCCAGAACCGGGGCCGAGUACCAUUGACAGCUGGAAAACCUCAAAAUUUGUGCUUUUCAAAAUGCGUUACUCUGAACUGGGUGAUAUUUCUUUAAUAGUGAUAAUCAAGCAUAUUAAUUGAAUAUAUGAACAUUUCACUCUAAAAAGGGGUGGUUUAUUCAAUUCCUGGAUAUGGGCAUCCCCAGGACUGCUGUGGGUACGCCUUUAAUCAUUGCCUUGCCAUAAUCCCUAUACAUAUAUCUCCUCGUUAUUUAGUUGUAUCAGCUAUAGUAAAUUACCAUAGAUUUUACUUACAGUGUAAUUUGUAAUUAUAAUAUUAAUGUCUAGGUUCAUUUGUUAUAAUAUGUUGAUAUAUGGUAUUUGUAUGCUUAAAAAUGUGUGUAUAUGAAUAAUAGUAAAGUAACUUUAGUUGCCUACCAAAGUAGUAUGAACUGAAUUGUUGACGCUGCUGUGCAAUUGCAUUGAUACUCUUAGCUUUACUGAAGCACCAUUAUGCCACCUACUGGCUUUGAGCUUCGUAGUGAUGGGGAAGCCCUCUGCUGUCCUUUUCUCAGACAUUUCCAGCAUCAAGACCAAAUGAAUUUAGUUGGUUAAAUCUUGGUGCACUUGCUGCUUCUGUGCACGUCUGUCGGAGGGGUGGGAAUGUUUCCUUCCGGUUUGCAUAUGGCGUUUUUUCUCCUGAAUAUAUUUCUAACAGUGGCUUUUGGCUUGACUCUGUUGAUGGAAAAAGUGGUAGGGAAGUGGACAUUUUAGUUUAGACAAAUUUAACAAGUCGUCUCUGUACUUCGGUACAGUUGAAGAAACUGUGAACACACUGAACAUUUCAGCUUCAGAUUUUCAGCUUCGUAUUUGUUCGCUGGAUUCCCCACUGCACCCCCAUGAAGCCAAAGCCCUGAGCACAGGGACAUGGCGUCACAGAGCUGGACUGACUAAUGGACUGACUACUCCGCACUCUGUGACUUCCAGAUACCAAUGAUCACUUCUUCAGUUGAGCUUCUUUCCUAGGGGUUCCUCCUGAAGGCCUGGAUCCAAUUUUACUUUUCUUCAUUUGUUUGUCUCUGAGAUACAUGUUGUUUACGAGCAGUUUUUAUAUCGAUUUCCUACUUGUUUCAGUCCAUAGAAAGACAGCACUGUUUAACCUGGAUUUUCAUUGGUCGCUAUUUAUUAUCUGUCAGGAGGAAUCCUCGCUGCGCCAGAUCGCGGGACUGGCCGUUCCGGUCUUGAGCGUUGUGUAGAUUUCACUUAGAGACUGUUACCAAUGACAAGCUCUCUACCUCUCUGGAUUCAUUCACACAUCUUAAGCCGUUUUGUACAUCGUUGAUGCUGUAAUGUAAUUACCAUAUUAAAGAGAUGGAAGUGGC